AUGUCGGAUCGUAUUGCCUCCGACGAGGAUACAAUCCAUUGUUUUGGGCCUAACUCCUUCAAAUUGCACAGUUUACCUGCACCGAGAGCUGGCCAUGUUUUGGGCCUCGUGGGAAAUAAUGGCACAGGAAAAUCUAUUUCACUUCGACUUUUGUCUGGGAAGUUCAAAUUUAACUUGGGACGCCUUCAUAAUCCUCCUGAUUUGCAAGAAAUUUUGGAUCAUUUUAAAGGAUCAGAGCUGCACGAUUACUUCAACCGUAUUUAUGAAGAUAAAUUGAAUGUAAUCUGCAAGCCCCAGUACGUUGAGUACCUACCCGAACGUGUUCAAGGCAACGUUGGGCAACUUCUUUCUCUGGCAGAUAAGGUGAAAGAUAUGAAACAAGAACUCGCGGCUGACCUUGACUUGAUUCAGGUUAUGGACCGUAAUGUGGAAGAUUUAUCUCGUGGAGAGCUUCAGAGGUUUUCGAUAGCUAUCACUGCUCUGCAGAAUGCAGAUAUCUUUUUAUUCGAUGAGCCAUCGAGCUAUCUUGAUGUUAAACAAAGGCUAAAAGCUGCCCAAGUUGUCAGAUCCUUGGUUCGACCGAAUAACUAUGUGAUUGUGGCAGAGCAUGAUCUUAGCGUGCUCGAUUAUUUGUCGGAUUUCAUAUGCUGCCUUUAUGGGGAACCCGGUGUGUAUGGUGUGGUAACUCUUCCAUUCUCUGCUAGAGAAGGGAUAAAUAUUUUCCUGGCUCGGUUUGUGCCAACCGAAAAUCUCGGGUUUAGAUAUGAACCUUUUAUGGUUGCAGAGACUCCACAAGAAAGUCAUGUGGAAAUUGAAACAUGUGCUAGAUACAAGUAUCCAACCAUGACUAUAACUCGGGGGGGAAAGUUCGGGCUCAAGGUUGUUCAGGGGGAAUUCACCGAUUCAGAAAUUAUUGUGAUGCUCGGAGAAAAUGGGACGGGAAAGACGACCUUCCUACACAUGCUGGUACAUUUGUUGUAUAGCUGGCAUUUUAAGCCUGAUUCGGUAGAAGGAUCUGAUGUCGAAAUUCCUGAGUACAACGUCUCUUACAAGCAAGAGAGAAUCGGUAUUAAACUGGAGUUUGAGUGUACAGUCGGAAUGCUGUUGUGUGCGAGAAUUCCUGAUGCGAUCAGGAAUCCUCGUUUCGUAUCCGAUGUGUUUGAGCCUCUAUCGAUUCAAAAAUUUAUGGAUAAAAAUGUUAGGGACAUUUCUGCUGGAGAAUUACAGAAGCUUUCUCUCACCCUUUGUCUUGGAAAGCCAGCUGAUAUAUAUCUGAUAGAUGAACCAAGUACAUAUCUUGACUCAGAGAGUUGGAUUGUUGCUGCAAAUGUCAUCAAGAAUUUCAUACGAAACACGAAGAAGACUGCAUUAGUUGUGGAGCAUGAUAUAACCAUGGCAACGUACCUUGCUGAUAGGGUGAUCGUGUACGAGGGAAAGCCAUCGAUUGAUUGCGUUGCCAGUCCACCUCAACCACUAUUGACCGGAAUGAACCUCUUCUUAUCUCACUUGGAUAUCACAGUCAGAAGGGACCCCGCGAAUAUGCUGCCUAGAUUCAACAAACUCGAGUCGAAAGAGGACCGGGAGCAGAAGGCCAGUCGAGCUUACUAUUAUAUGGAUGACUAA